AUGCCGCGCCGCCGGGCCCUCGCGCUCCUGCUGGCCGUGGUCGCGCUCGCCGCCCACGGCCUCGCCACGUCCAGCUCCUGCCCCACCGUGUGCAACUGCAAGUGGAAGGGCGGCAAGCAGACCGUGGAGUGCGUCAACCGCGGCCUCAUCACCGUUCCGACCAACGUGCACCCCGAGACGCAGGUGCUCGACAUGUCGGGCAACAAUCUGCAGAUCCUCCCGCGCGACCUGUUCGUCCGCGCCGGCCUUCUCAACCUGCAGAAGGUGUAUUUACGACGUUGCCGAAUUGGGGAGAUCGACGAUCACGCGUUUCGGGGUUUGACGAAUCUCGUCGAGAUGGAUUUGUCCAACAAUUUAUUAACUUCUGUUCCUUCCACGACUUUCAGUGACAUACAGUUCCUCAGAGAAGUAGUUUUGGCGAACAAUCCUAUUCAAAAGAUCGAAAACAACGCGUUUAGCAACCUGCCUAAUUUAGUGAAGCUCGAUUUAUCGAACUGUGAGAUUCAAAGUAUUUCGUCUCAAGCUUUCGAAAGCGUCGAUCAGUUGGCUUCUCUGAAACUGAACGGCAACCGGAUAACGGAACUAAAACAGAAGACUGUGGACUCUCUUAGUCGUCUGCACGGCAUCGAAUUACACGACAACCCCUGGCACUGCGACUGCCGCCUGCGCGCCACCAAGCUCUGGCUGACGCACAGCAACACCCCGUACACGGCGGCGCCGCGCUGCCACGGCGGGCCCGCGCGCGUCGCCGGCCGCUCCGUCGCCGAG